AUGCCCGACAUGUACGCCAUCCAGUCAGCGAGCUCACAAUCGGAAAAGAAUGACUCGACUCUGCAAUGCACACCUAACAUCAUUCCAUGCCGGAUUCACCACGACGGGCCAAUUGAUUCAUUGGAUCGGUAUUGGACAGUGAAAGACGAAAAGGAUAACACGCAAACGGCGCAUUUCCGCGGACGCAAACUUCGAGGCCGGCGCGUCGCCCUUCCUGAUGGAUAUCAAGGUGUAGUCGCAACACCCACAGACCGUGUGUUACCCGCAACUCAACGGGCAGGCAGUGACGGCGCUGAGGAUGCAGAGGCCGAGCCCGAAGAACCAGUGAAGAUUAUGGAGAUGCAGUCAACCUUUGAUGAAUUUGUAGUAUGGGGACAUGAGGCUCUACCUGCAGCAGAUGACACUUUUGUCAAGGGAGUGGAGGAGUGGCUGCGGUUUGCGGACGCGAUGCAUACAACCCCAACAUCAGUGACGAAUGGAAAGGAGUCUGCUGCUGUUUGA